CCCCUUAACAGAAAUUUGAUCAAUCUGAUAUAAGCAGAGAGAAGUAACGGUAUGAACCUAUAUUAAGGAGUGUUACAGAUGGACAAUAACUGCACUAAGGUCGCGCACAUACACGUGUAAAAAGACAUCUACUGUGCAAAAAGGGCUCAUCGGUAAACACGGCGUCCUUAGCUGUGAUUCAAGUACUGUUUCCGGAUUGAUGUGAUGUACAGUAACACGUGUACCUCAGUUUCAUGUAUUCAGCAAUGUGGGAUCAAUAGCCUCCGUGACGAAUUGUUUGGGGGUUAACACAGACCAGCUCUUGUCCCAAUGACGCACUCUUCCUCCAACGGGUACAUCUUCCUCGAAAUCCCAUACAUCAUCCUCCAAACCUGCUACAUUAUAUGGGUAUUUAUCUGCGACAGUAUGAGGUCGAUAAUUACUGGAAACCGGAAGUCACAAAAACAGAACCGGAAGUUAAUUCUACUAGCAGUCUCUACUCUUUUUGUUAUGUAUAUGAUGUCAAAAUAUACACUUACGCCGAGAUUUACCUUCACAAAUGAAAAUGUUUACGGAAAGUGCAUCAUACCCAAUCUUAAUCCUUUUGACGAAUCUAUCAAGAAAUUUGAGUGGCAUCCGAAUAAGAUCAAAUGUGAUGACAACCCAACGCUCGUGUUUGUGAAUGAUGAUGGCUUUCUUCAGUACAACGAGUCGGCCGUCCGACAGCAGCACCUAGUGGGAGUCACGUGCGUAUAUAGCGUGGUUAGUAGACAAAAAGGUAACGACGACUAUGUGGACUUUGGACCGGAAGUGAAGCUUAAAGAGCCCACAAGGGUGACCGGCGAUUAUUUCCGCGUAAAAUGUAAAGAUUCUAGUUCUAGGAACGUUUACGAUGUUAUGCAUUAUCAAAUAGAUUCAAAGACUGUGAAAGAAACUCGGAAAAUACAGUCGGAAAGUGAUGAUAAAUUCAGCAUAUUAAUUCUUGGUGUCGAUGCCGUUUCCAGAUUAGCAGCUAUAAGGAAAUUACCAAAAACAUUCGCCUAUCUCCGGGAUGAGAUGAAAGCAUUUGAGUUCAAAGGUCACAUGAAGGUGGCUGACAACACAUUUCCUAAUGUUGUACCGAUGUUAACUGGGAAAAAGGCUUACUCGAACGAGCUGCCGUCUAAAGACGUCACUUCCGUCAAAUUUGACAGCUACCCAUUCGUGUGGUACGCUCUGGCGGCGGCUGGCUAUGCCACUCUGUACUCAGAGGAUUAUGCAGACAUCAAUAUGUUUAACUUGGGCAAAGCAGGGUUCGACAGACAACCAACUGACCACUACAUGCGGCCGUACUGGCGGGGAAUAAAAAAGAUUGACCUACUGGGCACUCUCAUCAACUCCGCUUUAAUGGGUUUCGAAGAUCAGAAAAUGGGUCUGAAAAAAACUUCAACUUUGUGCUAUGGAAACACGCCAAAACAUGUCCUAUCUCUGAAUCACGCUAAAGAAUUCAUCAAACGUUACAGCCACAAGUUGCGGUUCAGUUUUACCUGGCUUAAUGAAAUUAGUCACGAUUAUGUCAAUUUUCUAGAACUGGGGGAUGACGAUUUUAAAACUUUUUUUCAGUGGAUAAACGAGAACGGACAUUUUGAUAAUUCUUUCGUUGUAUUUCUAAGCGAUCACGGAUCAAGGAUAGAUUCCAUUCGUAACACUUACGUAGGUCGUAUAGAGGAGAGAAUGCCACUCCUGCAGAUUGCGGUACCACGUAAACUCCGAGACAGAUACCCGUCAUUAGUACAAAACAUGGAAGACAAUACACAACGUUUAACGACUCAUUUUGAUUUCCAUGAAACAUUACUCGAUAUUAUGAAUUCCAAAUUCGACUCAAGUUCUGAGAAACCGGCAUUAGCAAGAGGUAUCAGUCUUUUUUCACCGAUCCCGGAAUCCCGGUCCUGCGCACAGGCUGGGGUUCCGGAACACUAUUGCGCCUGCUAUGGAUCUGAAGAAAUAUCGGUUACUUUACCAGUUAUCAACAGGAUAGCUACAUUUGUUGUUGAUGAAAUCAACCUUCUUCUGGGUGUACAUAAUGAUUUGUGUGAGAAAUUGUCAUUAAAACAAAUAAAACAUGCCGAAAAAAUUGAACUUGGCCUGAAAGCCAAUGGCGAUGUUGAAUUUUUCUCAUUUCGACAGUUCUUUGAGGAGCCUGAAAAACAAAAGGAGGAAAGAUAUUUAGUGCUUAUAGAAACAAUUCCCGGAAACGCCCUUUUAGAGGCAACAGUUCUAGUCGACAAUCAUAAACGGUUCCGUUUAUUAGGAGAAGUGAGCAGAACUAACAAGUACGGCAAACAGUCACAUUGUGUAAAGGAAGAUGCUCUCCGGCUGUACUGUCUCUGUAAGCAACCCCCGCCAUGAUGCUCGGGCUACUGCCAUAAAUAAUCCCAAGAAUGUAAUCUGAAGUGACAUUAAAACCGAGUCUUUUCAUGAAGGAAGCAAACCCAGACCUUGUAACUCUGGGCUUCACCUGUGGCUGCCUGUGUGCAUUAUAUGUUUAGUUACGGAUAAUGAGAUACCUUAAUUUCUUAUCUAGUUACCCCGACAAUUCGUGCACACACUGGAGGACUGAUACUCGUCAUAUAGGUAUACGAUUUAGCAACCGGAUUCGUUCAAAAAAAAAUUCUUCUUGCAUCUGUGAAAUAUUCAAUCCCCUUUGCAUUUUUCUUGUCGAAAGUUGAUGAUUAGUUGAUGAUGUAAACAUUGUUCGUCGACUUAGAGUCAUUUCUGUAGAGGUUUAUAUAUGUUGUUCAGGUCUGGAAUCUCUAGCUACCCGUCCAUCUCGAUUAUGUUUGUGUUUUGGUCACGGUAAAACGAAGUUCUUUUAUAACUGUUAUUUUUGUGGGUUAAGAACGUGUUAUAUGAAUGGGACAUGGGGCGUUUUAAAUCAUGCAGUUACUAUGCCACUUGUAUGCUUUAAACAUGCCGAGUUGAUACACAAACAGUCCCCAUCCCCUACCUCCAUCCCCCACCCAGUGAAAAACAGUUUGAAUUUUAGUCUAUGUAUGUGAUUAUUUUCUCUUUAACGAGUUGGUAAAGUGUUGUUUUUUCUUAAAGUUUUAUACUUGAUUAAAAAAGCUUAGGAAAGGAUCAAUUUUACAAUAACUCGUGGUGAAUUAUGUGACAUGUUUACUACCACGUUAUUACACAAGGAUUUAUGCAAAUCGUUUGGAUAUAUAAAUUCAGGCUCAAAUGGCCAGUUAUAUCUGUCAGAGUUAACUCCCUUCCUUUCAUUGACUGCUCGAGCACAGAGAAAAAACCCAGAUAAAACAUUUGUAAAACACAUAUGUUUUUCAAAUACAUUGAGAAUAAUUACAACUCACAUUAUGUAACUGUAACUGACAACCAUGGACAUUUAUCCAAUCAAAAAGCCAUCAGCUAUCUAUGUACAGUACAUUUGUUCAGCACAGGCCAGUUACUAGUUAAUGAUGGUAGCUUAGAUGAUCAGUAGUUAUUACUCAGGCUAUUUCAGCUUAUAUUUUGGAUUCAAGUAUCACGUGAACAUAUUUUAUUAAUCAUUAUUUACUUACAUGUAUAAUGUAAGAUAUACAGACAGAGUAAAACGCGAAUUGGUACGGAAAGACGAGUUCGCGAAAUUAUACGCGAAAAUAAGUAAGUGCGAAAUAGAAGUACAAUGUAAUCUACAGUAACUUCUAUAUCAAAUGUUCCGUUACAUAUAUAUAUAUAUAUAUCAGUGCUAUAUUGAAGGCAGUUACCAUGUUAUCGUCCCAAGUAUGCAUAUUCUGUACACUGACUAGAUACUAGUAUUGGCAUAGGCCUAAGAGGUCAUACCCAUUGUUAGAGAGAUUAUUUACCGCGUAACGGGAGAUUAGGUAAAGUUUUAUCGUCGGUCAGUUUGCUUCGAUGUUCAAUUAGUACAACUUAAUUUGUGGACUUCUGCUGUAUUUUCCCAAAAUCAAUACAAAGGUUACUUUAUUUUCCUAGAGACAUGUUUUGUGUGUGUGAUAUUUUAACAAAGUCACGGGCACAGGCCUCUAUGGAAUGGAUGUUGAAAAGUCGCUGAGUGCUAUCGUAAGUAAAUAUAAACAUCCUUAAUUUACAUUCGACGUGAAAUAGUGACGUACACAUUUAACUGAUCUCGUGAUUUGUGUAUAUGUUUCCAUUGUUUCUUAUAAUUUAGAUGCAAGAUGUAUAUAUUUUUUAAAGUUUAUAUUUUGAAAAUAAAAUCGUUAUUUUCAGUAAAACAACAUAUAACAUGAUUUUCUUUUCCAAUCUAACAUCCUAGGCAUUAACAAACGGAUCCGACAGAAAUAGGAUUUGUAAAUUCUGUCCAUCUGCAGGCAAAAGGUUAUAAAGGAGAUUUCUUUACUGUGUGUAGUUUCUAGUAGGAACAGUAGUAACUUCCCUUAUUUUCGUUUUAUAUACAGAACUGUAGCGCAACACAAUUUGGAUAAAUGACCAGUUAUAUUUCCAAUCGUCCGUUAGGUAUUUCAUGUUUCCUUUCUGAGUAGAAACUCACAAUAAAAUCAGAAUAAUCUCACCGGAAAAGACAAUGAAAAUCGUUUAUCUGUCGUGAACAGGUUGAAUUGAGAGGGACCUUUAUCCCUCCUUGACGUCAUGGAUAAACCCUUAGAGUUUAGGUGUGGUUUAAUUGUAUAGAGUUCGAGUGUUCAGUUAUAGCGUUUACAGUAGAAAACAGUUUUGUUACUGGUUGUAAUGUUACUAUGGGUUACCGUUAAUAAAACGUUGAAUUGA